AUGCGUCUCCGCCAGCGCAACAUGGAGACCGUUCAGUACCUCGAGUCUCAGGCUGAGGAGAUUACCCCUGGUGUUCGGGUCCAUAACGGCGCAACAGUCGACGAGCUGAACGCCGUCAUUGUCCGGUUGAAGAAGCCUCUCGACAACGCCCUGGCGUCUGCUCGCGCUGCGGAGGCGCUUUUUGACGAAACUUCUCGCAUGGUCGAGGGAGGGAUGGCCAUGCAUGAGCAGAUGAACAAGAACCAGCACGAAGCCAAUGCCGCUGCGGAUGAAGGGCACAACGAGCAUGACGCUCCACAGCAGCGGCGGGAAGUUCAGCCACGCAGCACAGGGGUAUAUACCCGCAAGAAUGAGCUCCUAGUUCUCCUUGAGGGUAUGCACAUUCCCGGCAGAAUCCAGGGUUUAAUUGAUGCUUUGGGCCCUGAGCCCCCUGCUUGCUCAGAGAUCAGCUUUGAGGGCAUGGGCGAUGUGGAGGCGGCGAGGAAACAGGCUUAUUCCGAGAGGAAGAGCUACACGGAUAAAAUCUUACACAUCAAAAAAAGAGAUGGGCAUUCCCUGUGGUAG